GGGGAGGGGACGCGGGGCGUGUGCAAAAAGAGGCGCAAGAAGAAAGCGGGGCGCGAGCUGGGGUCAAGGGCAGCCGGGCCAUCAUCCGGGGACGGUCAUUCUUAAGCUGGGGCUGCCCCACGUUAGAGGGGAUACUAGAAAGAGAACAUGGAGAGCACAGUGUAGAUCAUCAAUGUUGCUAGAAACACUGCCCCCAGCAGGCAUGCUACAGGUGCAAAAUGUUUCCUUUAAUUGUCAUUCUCUCAUUCAAUUAAUGUUUUAAUCGAUAUUUCAGCAAACACUCAAUAAGCAGUGGCUAGACAUUGGAGGAUGGCACAGUUUUACAAGACGAAGGCAUAUAUUCAUUUAGAAGAAGUUUUCUGAAACCAUAAUCCCAUCUAUUACUUUUGUACAAACAGGCAAAAUUUUCCUUUUGUUUCUUCAGAAGCUAAGUAGUUUAAGUGCUAUUCCAUAAGCCAUGAUGGAAAUUUCCAACAACUUGACAUUUCCAUUUUCAACUUUCCAUCUGACAGGCAUCCCAGGACUGGAAGAGGCCCAUGCCUGGAUCUCUAUUCCAUUCUUCUGUCUCUCUGCCAUUGCCCUUUUGGGAAACAGCAUGAUCCUGUUUGUCAUUAUGAAAGAGCAGAAUCUCCAUGAGCCCAUGUACUAUUUCCUUUCCAUGCUGUCAGCUACUGACUUGGGCUUGACCAUUUCCACAAUGUCAACAACACUGGUCAACAUCCUUUGGUUUGAUGCCAGAGAGAUCAGCUCAGACAGUUGUGUUGUUCAAAUGUUCUUCUUUCAUAGGUUUAGUUUCAUGGAGUCUGGGGUCCUGGUGACAAUGGCUUUUGAUCAUUUUGUGGACAUCUGUGACCCUUUGAGAUAUACCACCAUCCUCACUAAUGCCAGGAUCACACAAUUAGUUGUGGCAAUGGUCAUCCGUAUGAUAGUUCUAAUGCAGCUCUUGGUUUUGCUGCUUAACAAACUGUCCUUCUGUGGUCCUAAUGGUCUUUCUCAUUCCUACUGUUACCACCCUGAUGUGAUUAAAUUGUCAUGCUCAGACACUAAAGUCAAUAGCAUGUGUGGGUUAUCUGCUCUCAUCCUGAGAACAGGAAUCAGCACACCAUGCGUUGUGCUCUCCUACAUCCUAAUUAUUCACUCUGUCCUCAAUAUUGUGUCCCCCAAAGAGCAGCACAAGGCCUUCAGCACCUGUGCAUUUCACAUUGGGGCUGUUGCCAUCUUUUAGAUACCCAUGAUUAGCCUGUCCCUGGUGCACCGCUAUGGACAGUUGGCUCCCAAGAUUGUACGUACAAUGAUGGCCAACAUCUACCUAAUGCUUCCACCUGUGAUCAACCCCAUCAUAUAUAGUGUGAAAACAGCCCAACUCUGCAAGGUGGUGAUCAAAUUACUCCUUAUAAAUUACACUCCAGUGUGAAGUUGGAACAAUGACAGAUUAAAAUGGCAGGUGUAAUGUCACUUUGGUGGUUAGAUUUGGUUACAAUAUGGAUGAGUCUAAAGAUUUAUUUUGAAGGAGGCCCCAGAUAGUCUUAGAAUCUAUGUUCCUUUGAAAUGUAUUGGCAGUGAGAGGAAAAGUAUUUGGGCUCAUUUUCAGGAUUAUUCCCCUAAAUAAAAAGAAAAAUAUUCUUUGAUGUUAUAAACUUUUUAACAAAUAAUUUGAAAUCUCUGCUUUAGUGUGCUUUAAAGUUCUGAUGGUUAGACUGUGGGCAUUGCAUUUACUGCCUGUUCAAGUGGCAUUUGUAUAAUUGGAAGAGAAAUUGUCUUCUAAUGUGACCAGGCUAAAAAGAAUGGAAAAUUCGAGUUGUAUUCAAGCCACUCUUUAAAAAAUUCAGUAU